UUUUCUGCUUAAUUCCAGGCUGUUCCCACCCUGUUCGGAGGAAGCAGAGCCAGCGUUUGGUUUGGUUUGGAUUUUACCGGGUCGUUGAGGGGUCUGUGCCGUUUCUCUCGGUUCCCGGAGGCGAGACCCUGUGAUGCCGCCAAAGACGAGAAAACGAACGCUGCCUGGAUCCGCGGAGUCUGGAAACGCAGCUGCCCAAGAUGGUGUGCCCCCAGAGGAUGGUAGUGUCCCUUCAGCGGUGUCAGAAGAACUGGGUGCGGGGAAGGUGAAGAGGAUGAAGACUGGCGAGGAUGCUGCUAGCAGAGGGCCCGGAUCCCUGGCCGAGGCCGUGAGGCAAGCGCGGCUGAAAGCGGCGCCUUCCGUUGCAGAGUUCAAGUAUAACAAGAAACGGGUCCGCAUGAUCUCUGAGGAAUCAAAUCUCAAAGAAGGGGAAGGGAUCCUGUACUGGAUGUCCCGGGACCAGAGGGUGCAAGAUAACUGGGCCUUCCUGUACGCCCAGCGCCUGGCCUUGAAACAGAAGCUUCCCCUACACGUCUGCUUCUGCCUGGUGCCGAAGUUCUUGGAAGCCACUAUCCGUCAUUUCGGCUUCAUGCUCCGAGGCCUCAAGGAAGUGGCCCAGGAAUGCCAGGAGCUCAGCAUCCCUUUCCACUUGCUGAUCGGCGUUGCCAAAGACACCCUCCCUCCCUUUGUGAGAAAGCACAGCAUCGGUGGGGUGGUGACCGACUUUUCCCCCCUCCGGCUCCCUAUGCAAUGGGUGCAAGACGUUCGGGAUGAGUUGCCCCCCGAGGUGCCCUUCGUGCAGGUGGACGCUCACAAUAUUGUCCCUUGCUGGGUGGCCUCCGAGAAGCAGGAGUACAUGGCGUGCACGAUCCGGCGCAAGAUUCACGACCGGCUGGGCGAGUUCCUCACCGAAUUUCCCCCUGUCACCAGGCACCCUUAUCCCGCAGGAUUCCAGGCGGAGCCUAUCAACUGGGACGCCUGCUAUGCCAGCCUGCAGGUUGACCGUUCGGUGAAGGAGGUGGAGUGGGCCAAGCCGGGCUCAACCUCCGGCUUGAUGAUGCUGGAGGAAUUCAUCCGGGAGCGGCUCAAGUUCUUUAGCGCGGACAGGAACAACCCCAACCGAGCAGCCCUCAGCCAGCUCUCUCCUUGGUUCCACUUUGGUCAGAUUUCGGUUCAGCGCGCCAUCUUGGAAGUGCGCCAGCACCGCAGCAGGUGCAAGGACUCCGUGGAAGCCUUCAUUGAGGAGGCCGUGGUGCGCCGGGAACUGGCAGACAACUUCUGCUAUUACAACAAAAACUACGACCGAGUUGAAGGUGCUUAUGACUGGGCACAGACCACCUUGCAGCUGCAUGCGAAAGACAAGAGGUCUCACCUGUACACCCUGAAGCAGCUGGAAGAAGGGAAGACCCACGAUCCUCUCUGGAACGCUGCGCAGCUCCAGAUGGUUCAUGAAGGGAAGAUGCAUGGCUUCCUGCGGAUGUACUGGGCUAAGAAGAUCCUGGAGUGGACCAAUUCUCCAGAAGAAGCCCUGAAAUUCAGCAUUUACCUCAACGACCGUUACGAACUGGAUGGGAGGGACCCCAAUGGCUAUGUGGGCUGCAUGUGGUCCAUCUGUGGGACGCACGACCACGGCUGGACCGAACGGGCCGUUUUCGGCAAGAUCCGCUACAUGAACUACGCCGGCUGCAAG